UGUAUGUGUAUUAUAUAUAUAUAUACACACACACACAUAUACACGUAUAUGCGAACGUUGUGUGGGUAACAGCUAGGAAUGUCUUUUACUACCAAGCUCUCCGAACAAAAUAGAGAGACGGCACAUUACCGUAUAUGACGUUACGCGUUGUGUCACCGUCAUAUGCAAUAGUGAACGAGUUCCCGCAAUUUUUCUUGCUGCUGUUUUCUGCUGUACUCUCUAUUAAUAUAUUUUUUUGUGGGUGGCGACAUUACAAUUGUAUACUUUUCUUAUUUUCAAUGUGCGCUUCUGGAUUUGAGGUUACACUGUCAGCCGCAAACUGAAGCAGGUAUAUCUUAAUAGGUAUGGUAGAAGAUAAAAAGUAUGAAAUCGCAAGCCGUAUCGAGUGUGACGGAUAUCGGGGCACAUUAAAGUACGUCGGACCUGUUGGUAAUACAAAGGGAGAGUGGUUAGGCAUUGAUUGGGACGAUUCAACUCGCGGUAAACAUAAUGGCACAUACGAAGGAGUAGAGUAUUUUCAAGCCAGACAUUCCACAUCAGGCUCUUUUAUACGACCAGGCAAAGCUAAAUUCGGAAUAUCUUGCUCACAAGCUAUUAAAAUGCGUUAUGGGUUAGUAGAUGAUGAAUUGGCAGGCAUCGACAGGGAUGAGGUGUCGAGUUUGAGAAAGGAAAUCAACGCACCGUUCUUAGAGCUUGUUGGUUUUUCCAAAGUGAAUAAGAAACAAAGUAAAUUUGAUCAAUUGAAAAUAAUAUGGCUGAGAGAACAGUGUGUGAGCAGUGCAGGAGAGCCAGGAGAAUUGGAGAAAUUGUGUCCGAAUUUGGAAGAACUGGAUAUAUCUAGAAAUUUAAUAAAUUCGUGGAAGAUUGUUGCGGAUAUAUGUUGUCAGCUUCAUUCUCUUGCACGCCUUAAUGUUAGUGAAAACUAUUUGCCAAUUGAAGAAAAUAUGACAACACUAAAAGACUCAUUUGUAACGGUUAAGCACUUAACUAUAGCUAGAAUGAAUUAUAAUUGGUCUGAUAUUCAACAAUGUAUAAUUAUGUUUCCAUCACUUGAAGAACUUUCAGUUUCUUUUAAUAAUGUUACAAUAAUAGACGACAUAUUAUCCAAUUCUAAUUUAAAUAGGAUAGUUACAUUAAUUCUUGAGGGAAAUUUGCUUGCGAAUUGGAACGAAAUACACAAAUUGGGUUCUCUUCCAUGUCUGGAAUAUCUUAAUUUAAAUUCAAACAAAAUAGAUAAAAUUAAAUUUCCGACGUCAGCCAGUAAGGUGGCUUUUCCUGCCUUGCGACAGUUGCAUAUUUCGGAAAACCACAUAUCAGAGUGGCAGUCAAUUAGUGAAUUAGACAAAUUGCCAAAUCUAGAAGACUUAAAAUUCCGAGACAAUCCCGUUUUGAAGAAUGAAACUAUAGAGACCGCUCGGCAAUUGAUAAUUGCAAGAAUAAGUAAACUGAAAAUUCUGAAUGGAACAGAAAUACUUCACGACGAGAGAAGAGGCGCCGAGUACGAUUACUUAAAAUUGUACUUGCCAAAAUGGUUAGAAAGCGAAAAUGAUCCAGAGAAAAGAAUAUCAUUUAUAAGUGAACAUCCGCGAUAUCCUGCCCUAGUCGAUAAAUAUGGAACUGCAGAUAUUCCUUCGGCUAAGCCUAAAGUAGAAAUGGUUUCUAAUGUGAUAACGGUGGAAUUCGUAUGCCCCGACGAUCCACGUCAGCCUAGAGGAAUUAAAAGAAAACUACUUAAGGACAUGGAAGUUCAAAAAAUGAUCGGGCUUGCUCAGAGACUUUUCAAAACCGGUGGAAAAAUACCUGCUCUCUCGUUUAUUCCACGGAAUCUAUCAAAUGAUGAAAUUUCAUUGGACAAACCGCUGCAAGAACUUAGCUAUUAUUCAAUACAAGACGGAGAUCAAGUUCUCGUGAGAUGGUGAUAUUGAAUAAAUUAUUUAUUAAUACGAUUGUAUUUUUUACGCUGUUAAAAUUUGCUCUAUGAUAUUUUGUUAUUAAAGUCUUUUUAAUUGUA